UAAAUUAUGCGCAUAGCGUUUGAGUUUUGGCGCGCAGCAAAUAUGGCGGAAAAGUGAACGAUAAAAACAUCAAAACAAGUUUAAAAACAUCACCACCGGCCCCAACACAAAAUAAUACAGCAUGGUGGAAACUACAGAAAUUGACCUGAACUCUCCUCCGAAGCUACUCUACGCUCUUUGUUGUAAAAUUCUUGGAAAAGACACGGCCGCGAAAGAUGCACAAGUUUCGGAGCAUUUUCAGUACGCUCUUCGAGUUGUUGGAAGCCGCAUGGAGUCUGCAGUAGGGAAUGAUGAAUUUCGAGUGGUAGAGAGAGUCAAAAGAAAAUUGGUCAAGGAGAACAGAGAAUUAGACGCUGCUAUUUUCUCAGAGUUGUACAGGAAACUUGCAUCACAGGCUGUGAUGACCAACAGAUGGGGGAUAUUGUGCUUUUUACUAAACAUCAGUGAGGCGAAAUCUAAUGACAGCAGUCAAAAAACACAGACUGACCAUUUCUUUGGGCAUGGCCUACCCCUUGCAUCGACCUCCACCCCAGCUACAGGGGUGCCACCUCUUCCUGGCUCCCGUGCUAUAUCUUUGGUUCACUCCUCCCACAGCAGCGGUUUUAGUAGCAUUCAGUCAAGUGGUACACGCCCAGACUCGACCUUAUCAUCUGUAACCCCUGGCUAUGGACAUGCCGCACAGUCUGUCAGAUUUGCUGACCAGGUGUCAGUGAGAGGUGCAGAGGGCACUCAGCUGGCAUCAAUGGUGGCACAGUCUCUGGCUCUCUCACAACAGAAGCAAUCAGGCUUUCAAGAGAGUCAAACACCCGGCCGACAAGCUGUUGCCAAGUUAAUCAGUUACAGUGGUGACACAAAGAAUACAUCCUAUGAAAUCUCUGAAGCAGUCCUUCUCAGGGAAAUUAUCUACAUUUUCCAAGGCAUCGAGGGCACAAUCAUAAAACUAGAUCCCACAACAGAUGCGUAUAGGAUAAGUAACAAUGUGGGUGUGCCCAAGUCAGUGCGUGACCUUGUCAACAAGCUUGGUGAGCUUGGCUGGCUCUAUAGAAAAGUGAGGAAAUACUUAGAUGCACGUUCUGGUGACAGAGCGUUGGGUCUGGUUGGUCAAAGCUUCUGUGCUGCAUUGCAACAGGAGCUAUCUGAAUACUACAGACUUAUGGCGGUGUUGGAGGGGCAACAGCAGCUAAGUGACCAGGGCGUGGUGGGUGAAGGUGCCAGUGGGAGUUUAACCCUCAGGAGACUUGUGAUAUGGACAUAUGACCCUCUGUUACGCUUACGCACUCUGGCUGCUCUUGUUGAUACAUGUAAAGGAAAAAAGGGUGGAGCCUUGUUGUCGGCAAUCCACACCUACAUGCAGCAUGGAGACCCAUUUGUAAGGUCCCUUGUUAAGCAUAUGUUAAACUUGGUGGCCCGCCCAAUCAGGACCAUCCUUGACCGGUGGGUGUACGAGGGAGAGCUGGAAGACCAGUAUCAAGAGUUUUUCAUUGAGGUUGACUACACUGUGCGUGACGAGCGGCUGUGGUUUGAUAAGUACUCCUUAAGAAAACAAAUGCUGCCUUCAUUUAUCCCAAUCGAUAUGGCCACCAAGAUACUUAACAUUGGAAAAUCAAUCAACUUCAUACGACAUGUCUGCCAAGAUCGCAGCCCCAUAGGCACCAGUGGUGAACAAUCUUUGGGCAGGACGAAAUCAGAGGAGAACGCAGCUGCUGCUCAACUGACAGCAGAUGAAGAGUUCAGUGGCCCUGCCCUCCAAGAGAUGAUUGACACUGCUUAUAGCGUGACCAGUAAAAAGCUUUUAGAAAUCCUCUUUACCAAAUACCAGUUCCUGGACCAUUUGAAGGCCCUGAGACUUUAUAUGCUGCUUGGCCAGGGGGACUUUAUCCGUCACCUUAUGGACCUUCUGGAACCAGACCUUGCAAAGCCAGCAAGUACACUGUACAUGCACAAUCUGACUGGGGUGAUGGAGACAGCUAUACGGGCUACUAACGCCCAGUAUGAAAAUCCCGAGAUCCUCAAGCGAUUAGAUUGCAGGCUACUAGAGGUGUCCCCAGGUGAUACCGGAUGGGAUGUGUUCAGUUUAGAUUAUCAUGUUGAUGGUCCAAUCAGCACGGUCUUCACUUCAGAAUGCAUGAUCCACUACCUGAGGAUUUUCAACUUCCUGUGGCGGGCUAAACGGAUGGAGUAUUCCCUCACAGGCAUAUGGAAAGCUCAAAUGGAAAACAGUCGCCUUAUUGAGACAAUCCCUGAAUUAUCGCCAAUACUUCACCAGUGUCAUACUCUGGGCUCCGAGAUGGUCCACUUCAUCCAUCAGAUGCAGUACUACAUCGCCUUUGAGGUGCUUGAAUGUUGCUGGGCUGACCUUAAGAAGCGUGUGACGGAGGCCAGCGAUCUAGACCACAUCAUCGCGGCGCACGAGACUUUCCUGGACCAAGUCAUUUCCAGAUCUCUCCUGGAUACCGAGUCUAAGAGCAUGCUGGCCCAGUUGCGGACCAUCUUCGACCUGAUCGUGCAGUUCCAGCACGCUCAGGACGAGCUUUACGCCGCCUCUGUCCAGGAAGUGGAUUCCAGGAAUAGACUGAGGGCCGCAGUGAACAGGAAGACUGAUCAGGGCGACUGGGGUAUGACAGAUCAAGACGAAGAAGAAGACCGCAAGCGCUCAGUGCACUUUGUAGAUCACAUCAUCCCAGAGAUCAAGGCCCACAUCCGAGUUUUAUACCAGUCAUACCAGGACAUGGUCCAGAAGUUCCUGAUGAUGUUGACGAGCCAUCAAGAUGUCAGUCUCCGGUUUCUCAGCUUCCGUCUCGACUUUAACGAACACUACAAGACCAAGGAACCCAAACUGACGUCCCCGCUGACGCAUCGGUUCAGCAAGAGAUAUAAGAAGGUCGACAACUAGCUUGCGGUUCAGCUAAAGUUUCGACACAUGAUACGUCUACACAUGAUACGUGUUGCCCGACGCGUGCAACCCUGUAAAUGACCACGUGCUUUGUCUAGACGGACUCGUGCGGAGUCUAUUUGAACACGUCAUAUCUCUAGCUGAUCACGUGCUGUCUCUAGAUGGAUUCGCGCCGCGUCUAGUUAAACACGUCAAAUCUAUAGCUGAUCACGUGAUAUGUCUAGAUGGGCUCGUGCCUCGUCUAGAUGAACACGUUAUAUCUAUAGCUGAUCACGUGAUAUGUCUAGAUGGACUCGUGCCUCGUCUAGAUGAACACGUUAUAUCUCUAGCUGAUCACGUGCUGUCUCUAGAUGGACUCGCGCCGCGUCUAGUUAAACACGUCAAAUCUAUAGCUGAUCACGUGAUAUGUCUAGAUGGACUCGUGCCUCGUCUAGAUGAACACGUUAUAUCUAUAGCUGAUUACGUGAUAUGUCUAGAUGGACUCGUGCCUCGUUUAGAUGAACACGUUAUAUCUCUAGCUGAUCACGUGCUGUCUCUAGAUGGACUCGCGCCGCGUCUAGAUGAACACGUUAUAUAUCUAUCUGUUCACGUGCUAUGUCUGGAUAGACUCCUGUCACGGCCGAUUGGACACGUCCGAUCUCUGGAUAAUCAAGAAACUUUGUGUGUACAUAGAGUGAAGUGUACCCUGUUUUCCGAGGCCGAAAGUAGCUUUACCUACCCCCUUUUCGGGUAAAAAGUAAAUAAAAAGUCUUUCCAGAGUAAGUUAAGUGACUCUGAAAUCGGAAUUUUUGAAAGUAUAACUUUUAUUGCACAAUAACUUGCAGCAACACUAGGGUGGAAAAAUUGAUAGCUAGUAGUACUUUGAAGUUUUUUGCAAAGGACGAAAAAUAAUAAUAAAAGACAACAGCAGAAAAUAAUUACAUUA